AUGAGUGGAUUCCUGGCCUCCCUGGACCCCCGGCGGGUACAGUGGGGUGCUGCGUGGUAUGCGAUGCACUCCAGGAUCCUGCGCACCAAACCGGUGGAGUCCAUGCUGGAGGGAACUGGGGGCACCACAGCACAUGGCACCAAGCUAGCCCAGGUGCUCACCACCAUGGACCUCAUCUCCCUGGGCGUUGGCAGCUGUGUGGGCACUGGCAUGUAUGUGGUGUCAGGCCUGGUGGCCAAGGAAAUGGCAGGACCUGGUGUCAUUGUGUCUUUCAUCAUUGCCGCCGUGGCGUCCAUCUUAUCAGGCGUCUGCUAUGCAGAGUUUGGAGUCCGAGUCCCCAAGACCACGGGGUCGGCCUACACCUACAGCUAUGUCACUGUUGGGGAAUUUGUGGCGUUCUUCAUUGGCUGGAACCUGAUCCUGGAGUACCUGAUUGGCACUGCAGCUGGCGCCAGUGCUCUGAGCAGCAUGUUUGACUCGCUGGCAAACCACACCAUUAGCCGCUGGAUGGUGGACAGCGUGGGAACCCUCAACGGCCUGGGGAAAGGUGAGGAAUCCUACCCGGACCUUCUGGCUCUGGUGAUCGCCGUCAUCGUGACCAUCAUCGUGGCACUGGGCGUGAAGAACUCCGUGGGCUUCAACAACGUCCUCAAUGUGCUGAACCUGGCCGUGUGGGUGUUCAUCAUGAUUGCAGGCCUCUUCUUUAUCAAUGGGAAAUACUGGGCCGAGGGCCAGUUCUUACCCCACGGCUGGUCAGGGGUGCUGCAGGGAGCAGCCACAUGUUUCUACGCUUUCAUUGGCUUUGACAUCAUCGCCACCACUGGAGAGGAAGCCAAGAAUCCCAACACAUCCAUCCCCUACGCAAUCACUGCCUCCCUGGUCAUCUGCCUGACAGCUUAUGUGUCUGUGAGCAUGAUCCUAACACUGAUGGUGCCAUGUUAUGCCAUUGACACGGAAUCCCCACUCAUGGAGAUGUUUGUGGCUCAUGGUUUCUACGCUGCAAAAUUCGUGGUGGCCAUCGGGUCCGUUGCAGGGCUGACGGUCAGCUUACUGGGCUCCCUCUUCCCUAUGCCGAGGGUCAUUUAUGCCAUGGCUGGUGACGGACUUCUUUUCAGGUUCCUGGCUCACGUCAGCUCCUACACAGAGACACCGGUGGUGGCCUGCAUCGUGUCAGGGUUCCUGGCAGCUCUCCUCUCGCUGUUGGUCAGCCUGAGAGACCUGAUAGAGAUGAUGUCCAUCGGCACACUCCUUGCCUACACUCUGGUCUCUGUGUGCGUCCUGCUCCUUCGAUACCAGCCCGAGAGUGACAUUGAUGGUUUUGUCAAGUUCCUGUCCCAGGAGCACACCAAGAAGAAGGAGGGUGUUCUGGCUGACUGCGAGAAGGAAGCAUGUUCUCCUAUGAGUGAAGGGGAAGAGUUUUCUGGCCCAGCCACCAACACGUGUGGGGCCAAGAACUUGCCAUCCUUGGGAGACAACGAGAUGCUCAUAGGGAAAUCAGACAAGUCAACCUACAAUGUCAACCACCCCAACUACGGCACUGUGGACAUGACCACAGGCAUAGAAGCAGAUGAAUCAGAAAACAUUUAUCUGAUCAAGUUGAAGAAGCUGAUAGGGCCCCGUUACUACACCAUGAGAAUUCAGCUGGGCCUUCCAGGCAAAAUGGACCGGCCUACGGCGGCAACAGGGCACACGGUGACCAUCUGCGUGCUCCUGCUCUUCAUCCUCAUGUUCAUCUUCUGCUCCUUCAUCAUCUUUGGUUCUGACUACAUCUCAGAGCAGAGCUGGUGGGCCAUUCUUCUGGUUGUUCUGAUGGUGCUGCUGAUCAGCGCCCUGGUGUUUGUGAUCCUGCAGCAGCCAGAGAACCCCAAGAAGCUGCCCUACAUGGCCCCUUGCCUGCCCUUUGUGCCUGCCUUUGCCAUGCUGGUGAACAUCUAUCUCAUGCUAAAGCUCUCCACCAUCACAUGGAUCCGGUUUGCAGUCUGGUGCUUUGUGGGUAUGCUCAUUUAUUUCGGCUACGGCAUUUGGAACAGCACCCUGGAAAUCAGCGCCCGGGAAGAGGCCCUGCACCAAAGCACGUACCAGCGCUACGACGUGGAUGACCCCUUCUCCGUGGAGGAGGGUUUCUCCUACGCCACGGAGGGCGAGAGCCAGGAGGACUGGGGCGGGCCGGCCGAGGACAAAGGCUUCUAUUACCAACAGAUGUCAGAUGCAAAGGCCAACAGCCGGACGAGUAGCAAAGCGAAGAGCAAAAGCAAACACAAACAGAACUCAGAGGCCCUGAUUGCAAAUGAUGAGUUAGAUUACUCUCCAGAGUGA